AUGGUUGCAAAUCCACUUCUCAAUCCCAAAAAGAUCAAACUCGUUGAAGCAAUGUCCAAAAAGGCAAAGGCAAGAACACUAGUUGUGCGACUUAUUAGCACUGCAGGCACUGGAUUCACAUACCAAACUACCCGCAGAAGAACACUUCCCAAACUUCAAUUGCGCAAAUAUGAUCCUGUGGUCAACCAGCAUGUUCUUUUUAUUGAAGGCAAAAAAUAA